GUUAAGGUUCAGCUCUCGUAUCUUUCCCAGUUGGAUUGUGGGCAUGUGUGGUGGUUCCCGCUGCCCUUCCUCGUAGUGACGGCGUCUAUUCAUUGGCCAUCAGGCGACGCCUUGGCUCUCAGGACCCAUUCCAUUGAUUUUGCAGUGGUAUUUUUCAGGUUUUGUGUGCGCGUGCGCCUCCCUACUCCAAGACCGGUCACCCGCCCUCCAUUUCCUCCCCAACUUGGUCUUCCCUGCCCCCUCCCAACACACUGCCUGGAUCUCCCCCUCUCAUCUUUACCUCUCUUCUGCCUGUUUCGUGUGUAGGGAAGUGGGGUGUACCAUAUCCCUGAAGCUGCACCCGAUUGGCCAGCUGAUGCCCAUUGAUGUCUACAGGGCCGUGGUGAGGCAGGCAAAGACUCGAGGACCCAAGGAAGAAUAAGAGAGAAGAAUGGAAGGAAGAGAAAGAAAUUAGAUCAACAUCUCUACUUACAAAAAAAAUCGUGCCUCCUCUUCCUUUUACAAAGACGAGGUAGAGGUGGAGCUGUUAUAGAAGAGGGUCCUUUGCUAUCCCUGGCCUUAGAAAACGGACUUCACGAUCUAAACCAACACCUGCUACCUUGUUUCCGUUUUCUGUUUGAUGGGGAGCUCUCGUAUUCCAGCUACAAGAACCACCACCACUACUACCACCACCAUCAGAAGCAGCAGCGGAACCACCACCACCACCAUCAGAAGCAGCAGCGGAACCACCACCACCAUCAGAAACAGCACCACCACCACCACCACCACCACCACCACCACCGCCAUCAGAAACAGCAGCACCACCACCAUUAGAAACAGCACCACCACCACCGCCAUCAGAAACAGCAGCACCACUACCACCGCCAUCAGGAACAGCAACACCACCGCCAUCAGAAACAGCAGCACCACCACCACCGCCAUCAUACGAAGAAACACCACCACCACCACCCCCACCACCACCAUCAUCAUCAUCAUCAUCAUCAUCAUCAGAGGAAGAAGCAACACCACCACUACCACCAUCAUCAUCAUCAGAGGAAGCAGCAGCACCACUACCACCACCAUCAUCAGAGAAAGAAGCACCACCACCACCCUCCCCCACCACCACCACCAUCAUCAGAGAAAGAAGCACCACCACCACCAUCAGAGGAAGAAGCACCCCCCCCACCACCACCAUCAGAAGCAGCCCCACCACCACCACCACCACCAUCAGAGGAAGCAGCCCUACCACCACCAUCAGAGGAAGAAGCCCCACCACCACCACCACCACCACCACCACCACUAUCAGAAGCAGCAGCAGCAGCACCACCACCAUCAUCAUCAUCAGAGGAAGAAGCACCAUUACCACCAGCAUCAUACAGAGACUACUAUCAGAGGAAGCAGCAGCAGCAGCAGCAGCAGCAGCAACAGCAGCAGCAGCAUCACCACCACCACCACCACCACUACUACCAUCAUAGGAAGAAGCAGCAGCACCACCACCAGCAGAGUAAGGAGAAGCAGCAUCAGUAGUAAAAGAAGACAAAGGAGCAUCAGCAGAAAAAUAAAGUGCCAGAAGAGGCAGCAUCAGAAGAAAAGUAUCAGUGGAAGACAGUGAUGAAGAGGAGGAUAAAGGCAACAAAGAGAAAAAGCAUCAGAAGAAAUAGUAUCAGAGGAAGACGACAAAGAGGAAGAAGCAUCAGAAGAAACAGUGUCAGAGGAAGACGACGACAGAGGAACAUCAUAAGAAACGGUAUCAGAGGAAGAUGACAACAAGGAGGAGGAAGACAACGACGAAGAGGAGGAAGUCAACCAAGACAUGUGAUGGUGAAGUGUCCAGCCAUUUUUCCAGAUCCCAGAAUCGUCUGAGCCGAGUAGAAGGUGGUCCACAAAGGGGAGCAAUGUGAAGGGUUUUUUUUAAUCACAGUAUUUUCUUCACACACAACACACAAGAUAAAAAAACAUUCACACAAGGGCACUGCCACUAAAGCUUCUCUCAACACCCUUCCUUCCCUGUUCUGCCGCUGUGACACACGCACUCUCUCUCUCUCUAAGGAGGAAAAAGUCUGCCUGCUUCAUUAUCAAGAGGAAGACGACAGAUUUGCAAUAAAAAUCCAACUGUCAAGAGGAGGAAAGAGUCCACCUGUGGAAAACUCAAGGUCAACUCAAGACAUCAGUGUGCCGCCCUCCAUUCUGUGGCAUGGAGGUCCACUUUCCCCAUCUAAUAAGAAUGUUGAUUAUGAAUGAA